GACAGCAUGACGCAAGCAAGUUUUGGCGGGAAAAGCUCUGCAUUUGGAUUCCUGUGGUAGCUGGCAAAGGACUGCUGGGCGAGAGGGGCGCCCCGAAAGGUGGAGAAGGACUCCAGCAGAGGCCUCGGAGGUCCUGCUGAGUGCGGACGGGCACGCCGCAGUGCUUGGAGUCAUGGCCGUGCCUUUUGUGGAAGACUGGGACUUGGUGCAAACUCUGGGAGAAGGUGCCUAUGGAGAGGUUCAGCUUGCUGUGAAUAGAAUAACUGAAGAAGCUGUUGCAGUGAAAAUUGUAGACAUGAAGCGGGCCAUAGACUGUCCAGAAAAUAUUAAGAAAGAGAUCUGCAUCAAUAAGAUGUUAAAUCAUGAGAACGUAGUAAAAUUCUAUGGCCACAGGAGGGAAGGCAAUAUCCAGUAUCUGUUCCUAGAGUACUGUAGUGGAGGAGAACUUUUUGAUAGAAUAGAGCCAGACAUAGGCAUGCCGGAACAAGAUGCUCAGAGGUUUUUCCAUCAACUCAUGGCAGGGGUGGUUUAUCUGCAUGGAAUUGGAAUAACUCACAGAGAUAUUAAACCAGAAAACCUUCUCUUGGAUGAAAGGGAUAACCUCAAAAUCUCUGACUUUGGCUUGGCAACAGUGUUUCGGCACAAUAAUCGUGAACGUUUACUAAACAAGAUGUGUGGGACUUUACCUUACGUUGCUCCAGAGCUGCUAAAGAGAAAAGAAUUUCAUGCAGAACCAGUUGAUAUUUGGUCCUGUGGAAUAGUACUUAUUGCAAUGUUGGCUGGAGAAUUGCCGUGGGACCAGCCCAGUGACAGCUGUCAGGAAUAUUCUGAUUGGAAAGAGAAAAAAACGUAUCUCAAUCCUUGGAAAAAAAUUGAUUCUGCUCCUCUGGCUUUGCUUCAUAAAAUUCUGGUUGAGAAUCCAUCAGCACGAAUUACCAUCCCAGACAUUAAAAAAGAUAGAUGGUACAACAAACCACUUAACAGAGGAGCAAAGAGGCCCCGUGCCACUUCAGGGGGUAUUUCAGAGUCUCCUAGUGGAUUCUCCAAGCACAUUCAUUCCAACUUGGACUUUUCUCCAGUAAACAACAGCAAUAGUGAAGAAAACGUGAAGUACUCUAGUUCCCAGCCAGAGCCGCGGACAGGGCUUAGCUUGUGGGAUACUGGUUCCUCAUAUGUUGACAAACUGGUACAAGGCAUCAGCUUUUCACAGCCUACGUGUCCUGAUCAUAUGCUUGUAAACAGUCAGUUACUUGGUACCCCUGGAUCUUCACAGAACCCCUGGCAGCGCUUGGUCAAAAGAAUGACCCGAUUCUUUACCAAAUUGGACGCAGAGAAAUCUUACCAAUGCCUGAAAGAAACCUUCGAGAAGUUGGGCUAUCAGUGGAAGAAGAGCUGUACAAAUCAGGUUACUGUAUCAACAACUGAUAGAAGAAACAAUAAGUUGAUUUUCAAAAUAAAUUUGGUAGAAAUGGAUGAGAAGAUUCUGGUUGACUUCAGGCUUUCUAAGGGUGAUGGAUUAGAGUUCAAGAGACACUUCCUGAAGAUUAAAGGGAAGCUCAGUGAUGUUGUAAGCAGCCAGAAGGUUUGGUUUCCUGUUACAUGAUGAAGCUGUCAGCCCUGCAGAUUCCUGGUGAAUAUUGUGCUGCUAUGUUGACAUUAUUCUUCCUAGAGAAGAUUAUCAUUCUGCAAACUGCAAACAAUGGUUUUUUGAAGAAUUAUCUUCAUUCAUAAACAUCUUCCAAUUCUUAGUAUGUUUUGCAUACAAAUAAUACUGUAUCUUAAUUGUAAUACUUAGGGGAAAGGAUGGAUCAAAUUCAUUAGGGGUUUCUCCAACUGUGUUUAAAUUGCCUGAAUUUGAAACCUGUCUGGCAGAAACCAGAUUUUGGGAUAUGAGUUUGCCAGCUUUUAUACUAAUGUAGUAUCACUUUUGAAAAACAAAAGCGAACCACUUUUUUUUUUUAUCCCAAGCAAGCAUAUUUCUUCUCUGCCUAUUUAAUUGUGUAAGUAUGAAUAAACAAAGACCAUGUACAGUUGAUUGGUCCAUGAAUGAGGCCUGCCACAAAAAGUGAAUCCUAACAUAUGUACUAUAGUUUCAGUUUGGGUACAUGUGCUGCACAAGGGCUUGACCAAUUAUAUAAAACUGUUUUUGACUCAUGAUGAUUAAGAAAGCAAGUUUUUUUUCCCCCCCAUGGUAUGUUAGUCAGAUAUAAAGGCUGUUUUGGUUGUUCUUCCAUGAGGUUGAACAUAAACUUGAGUGACUGUGCUCUAAAAAUUUCACACUUAAAUAAUUCUUUCUAUACUCACAGCUAUAGUUCAACUACUCCAGAAAUAAAUUCUAUUUUCAAAAUCAGUAUCUAACUCAUUGAACUUGUUGGCCGCCAAGUUUCUAGAUGGCACUGGCUAAACAGGGGGCGGGGGAGUAAGAAAACACAGGAGUAGGCCUGAUUCUUGUUCCUUGUCUUUUAGACUCACUAAAACUUUGUUUUGUUCAUAAAAUUUAUAUUAAAAUGUGAAUGUAUAUGA